GGAAUAUUCUAAAUUGUUGGAUUGAAACCGCUUAAUUGAACAUCCGUUUAUCUCUGCAAGGCAAGGUUUUCUCAAUUGGACAAGUUGCAUCAUGUCAAUAAUUAUGUUAUGCGGUUCAGCAACUACAGUUCUUUGUUGCACCGUCCAUGUUUUCUCCAUGGUGAACAAAGUUGCGGUCCUCGUCGUUUUGAUAUAACUUUUAAUGCUUACUCUUAAUUCAUGGCGUUUUGUUUAACCCCUGUAGUUUGGGGCUAUGGCGUACUGGCCGUGUUCAUCAUCAGCCUUUGCGCCAUAGCCGGUGUGGCUUUCCUUCCGUGCCUUAGUACGGACGUCUAUCUGAAAGUCUUGCAAACUAUGAUGGCUUUGGCUGUGGCUACCUUGGUAGGCGACGCCGUAGUGCAUCUCAUUCCACAGGCUGUAGGACUUCACGCGCACGAUGCGACAGCAGCCGGCGUCACGCAUGAUCCAGGCUCGGAGGACCUUGCCUACAUCUGGAAGUGUCUGGUGGUUGUCGUUGCUAUCUACGCCUUCUUCAUUUUCGAGUCUGUCAUGCAAAUGUUUGGUGGAGGACACUCGCAUUCCGUGGACCCCGAAGAUGACCCUACCAAGAGAAAGCGAGCCUCCAGUAUGAGACUUAAGGAGGCAGUGGAAGGCUCCUUCAAGAAUCGCUCACCAUCCACCACUAAUCUGGAGCUAGCCGACGGCAACUUGCCAAACGGAGACGCCACGGACGAGCGUGAUCAUGUGCAUCAUCAGCGUAAAGUCUGCUGUGGAAUGGGUUCCCUACCGUUUAUGAUUCUCAUCGGGGAUGGUCUACAUAACCUGGGUGACGGUCUGGCGAUAGGCGCCGCUUUUGCCACUAGCAUUGGUGCGGGACUGUCAACCAGCAUCGCCGUCUUUUGCCACGAGUUGCCCCACGAACUUGGUGACUUUGCCGUCCUUCUGAGUGCCGGUCUUAGUUUCCGUAAAGCACUGGCCUUAAACUUCCUGUCUGCUCUGAUGGCCUUUAUCGGACUCUGUAUUGGCAUUCCAUUGGCUGCCAAUGCAGAGGCUCGAGAGUGGAUCUUUGCGUUGGCAGCUGGGAUGUUCCUGUAUGUUGCCUUGGUAGACAUGUUUCCAGAACUUAUCCAUCACGAAAACAAGAACAGAUUCACCAUUUUCCUACUGCACAAUUUGGGGCUCUUGGUUGGUGCCGGUAUUAUCCUUGUUAUCGCCCUUUAUGAAGACAGCAUCAACAUCAGCAUUUAGAAGAGGCAACAGGUUCACUGGUAUUCAGCAUCAAGUGGUCUUUGUCAACAUGGUCACAGAAUCUUAAGGAUUCUUAAGGAUUAAGGGUACAAUGGGCAGUAGUCAGUGGCCUAAAAUUAUGUGUAUUAUUUGUAGUGAGGUCCCCAUAAGAACGUAUAAUAUGCUUGGUUUCAUACUUUUUUAUUCUCAGUGUAUCCAGACUCCAUUGUAAUUCACCGUCGAUUAAUACAAUGUAUUCGUAAAGCUAACCUUAAUUCAUCCUAGUUUAUUUUUCUCAAAAGCCCCUUUCUAGUUUGUGUUUAAGAUUCUCAGAUACAAACCAGAAAGGGGCUUUUGAGAAAUAUAAAAUGGGAUGAAAACGUAAGGUCUGCUCGUUAGUUUUGUUUUACUUAGCUUUAGUAUUAACCGCUGUAAAUUAAUUUUUGUGUCUGCAAUCACCUGUCGUGUCGAUCAUUUGAUUUUGCGCAGUUCGUUUUCAAGAAACUUGAUACAUUUUUAGUGUAACAAGAACAUGAAAAAUAUUUCAAAGAGCUCUGAGAGUAUAAUAGAAAUGUCAUGACUAAAAGACAUUUCUUUUGAUGUUUCUCGAAUAUCUGUUCUAUAGAGCUUUGCUAUGGGUUUUAAUUUCUAAAGAUUGAAUGCAUUUAUUCUUUAACUCUUCCGUUCAGUUUACUUGUUUUAAAUUUUAAUAAAAUAGAAGAGUUUGCUAUACACAAGUGAAAAUAUUGAUGCCAGAUACACAGAACCGUAACACGCGAUACAAAAAUGAUGAGUUUGAUUUGGUGAUGGUUAGAGUAUUCUUUUUAUUGUAUAUACAUUAUGGUCAAUAUGUCUUCUGCUGAUUCAGGCUAGUUCUAUUCAUAUAUUUAAAUGGCUUAGGAUGGAUCAUGUGUAACAGAGAACGUUGACAUUGUGGUGUUUAAUGAGGGUUAAUAUUACUAGAUCAUAUGUAUUCGUUGUCGGUAUAAGUAGACAUUAAUAUUUUGUAUUCAGUAGGUCUUUGGGUUUAAAAAUGUUAUGCUGUAUGUGCCCCUCUCGCAUCCAUGUCGGAAAAGUCAUUUUCAUGGGAAAAAAGACAGCUAAUGAAGUGAUGCUAAAUUUUCAUACCGUGCAAUUUCUUGGAUAGAAUCGUCCAUCUAUUUAAUUGCAUUGAGUCACGUGAUCACAGAUCCCCUCCCUUUCGACUGUAGUUUAGAAU